UGGCUCAGAAAAUAGACCACAGCAGCCAAAAUUGGCCACUGGCAGUCUGAUGGACAAGAAGGUCCUCCUGAGAUUCUUCCACUACUUCAGGCUUGGGAUAAUUUUGGAGUUCUUAGCAUGAAAAAUGACAGCAUCAUUUACUACAGACCCACUCCAUGUCCCACUGCUCAAAGACAAAUGCUUUUCAUCAGAGAAGGUUCAAGGUGACAUCAUGGAAGCACAGGAUCAAAGGCACAAGAGGGAACGAGAGCCUGACACAGACAGUGACACCAACUCUGAGUCGGGCCUGGACAUAAUCAGGACAAUGGAACUGACACCUGCAGCAGAAGAACAAAUUCUGUACAACAUAAAACAAGAGUAUAAACGUAUGCAGAAGAGAAGACAUUUAGAAACUAGUUUCCAACAGACAGAUCCAGGUUGUAGUUCUGAUGCACAGCCACAUGCAUUUCUCCUCAGUGGACCAGCUUCACCAGGGACUUCAUCUGCAACAUCCUCACCAUUAAAAAAAGAACAGCCCUUAUUUACUCUAAGGCAGGUUGGGAUGAUCUGCGAACGUUUGUUGAAAGAACGCGAAGAGAAAGUUCGAGAGGAGUAUGAAGAAAUAUUGAACACAAAACUUGCAGAACAGUAUGAUGCAUUUGUGAAGUUUACACAUGAUCAGAUAAUGCGACGAUAUGGAGAACAGCCUGCUAGUUAUGUUUCAUGAAUCAAGUUUUCUGCAAUUGUGGGCUGCCUUAUUUCUUGUUGAGUUGUUGCAGGAGGUCCCAAUUUCGACAUGCAACAAUGCCAAUAUUCCCUGUGAAUGCAGGUUAUGUCAAGCUUUCGUCAGUGGCAACCACUCUUAGGCAGCAGCAACUGGUUUUGGAAAUUUCCCUGUCAGUACCACCUGGAUGUGGACCUUUGCUACCUGUAUUAAUACCAGUGGCCUCACUUUGCUGUAUCAUUACAAUUUGGCUUCUCAUAUUAAUAUGUUUGAAAAGGAUUAAAGCUGGUAUUCUAGAACAUGCCCUUCAUUGGUUGUGUAAAUAAAACUGUAGAAUGACACUUCAGAUGAAGUUAGUGUGAUUUUAAUUGUGCACUACAACCAAACUGUAACCAGUUAUUAAUAAUUUAGAAUGUAAUCCCAGGACAAUAUUGAGCAAAUAGCCUACAGUACUUCCUGUCAAAUAGUGAAGGAGGAGGGCAUUUCUGUAUUCCAGGACUUCUUGGGGUUUCAGAAUGGGUUUAUAUGAUUUUUCUUUUCCUUUUUUUUUUUUUGGUAGUUUUAUUUAUUCUAUCAGUCUUUUUAACAAAUGUUUAUUGCUGCAUUUUUUUUUCCAGUGUAUCAUUGUUUUACUGCCCUUGUAGUACUGGAAUUUAGUUGGAAGAAUAAAACAUUUACUUCUAUCCUGCUUGUUUUUUAAAUGUACAAAUGGGUAGUAUUUGAAUAAAGCCAGUGUUUUAAAUGUAAGCAUUUUCCAGGACUCAAUUAAGUGAAUUUUUCUGGUAAGAUUUAAAAUUUGAGUGCUAUUUCAAAAAGUUGCGUUGUGAUUCUAAAUUACUUCUGUAAUUUUCUGCAUAAUAAUAUAUUACCUCAUAGAUAGUUCUAAGAGCUCUAGAAUUUUUACCUAAAAUGCAUCAAUAGAAUCCAAUUUUUUUUUUUAAGGACUUGAUAUUUGUGCAAGAAAGCAUGACUCAGCAAAUUCAACUCACUUUCCCUGAGUGGCUUCUAGACACAGCUUUCUUUCAAUAAGUGAGCAAAAAAAAAAAAAAAAAUGCUUCA